AUGACUCUGCAUGUAACAGCCCUGCCAUCGCCAACCACAACUUCAGACACUGAGUGCAGCACCGCAGACACUGAGAUUCUCUCUAGUGCCCCAACAUCACCUUUGUUGAGAAAACGGUGGCCAGAAUUCUUUGAUAUACCCAAUUUCUCAGUUGAUGUUGCAUACAGACUCAGACAAGGAGAUCUUGCUUUUAUGAAAGAUGGCACACGAACACCUCUGACACGAGAUAUGAAGCAUGACACACUGGAAAAGCUUGCAGAGACAAUGUACUCUUACAAGGCUUAUCCUGAAGACGACAACUUCAGCAGUGUUGCAAAAGCAUUGAUUAGCAAGCACCCUGGCCUAACUGAGCCUGGUUCUCAGCCAGGAUGGUACGGCUGGAAGAACAGCCUUAAAUUUAAGAUGGCUAACUACCGAACUAAGCUUCGAAAAGCUGGAUGUGAGGAUGUCUCAAUCAAUGGGGGUAAAAGGAGUAAAGGCAACCCAGAGGGAGACUCAUCCAGCAAGAACAUUAAACGGCCAAAAAGAGGCGAAGCAAACUAUCUGCCGAAUUUACCUGAAGGACAUAAUGAAACAAGUCUUGAAAAUGACAGACAGACUCUCAUUGAGGAAAUGAAGAAAAGAAGACCAAGUGGCAUCCUCAUCUCCAAAAUGAUGGACCAGACAUUCCCACUACGCAGACAAGAGAUAGUUAAAAAUGAGCCUGAGGUGAAGAACAUGAUUGAAAGAUGGCCAGCACUGUUCACGGAAAGACAGGUAUUUGCUGAGUUUAAUAGAAUUGCCAGUAAGAAUCUUGAGGGAGAAUUCUUUGAGGCUCUUGACCAGCACACGCCACGUUUCAUCAAACUCUUCAGAUCCAAAAAGGGAACUGUUGGACAGAAACUGACAGAGUUAAUGCAGCAAAUCAACUUGGUGACAUCAGAUGUGACUUCACUGCGCUCCAUUGUCCUCAAAGGCAUUCCCGUUGUAGUCGGCGAUGACUCCAGUGAAUUCUACAAGACAUGCUUGGAAAGUCUGUAG